AUGCCGUUUCUUCAAAAAGAAUUCUCGAUCCCACCACCCCAUCCACCAGUGGGCACAGCCCAGCACUCCGCAUCCGCACUGCCCUGGUACUCAAUCGCGCCGGGGGUCUGGGAGUUCCUCUUAAAUGGCAACGCAGAACAAAAAGCCGUGCUGCAAUGGUGGGAGCCGAAUGCGGUGUCUGAACAGACAGAGCCAAUAACACAUGCCUACAUCGAAGAAGUGUGUACUUUGCGCGGCGGGCUGGAAGAUCUAUCGCUCGCACAGACGUGGGGUAUUGGUGCAUAUGCGUAUCGAAAGCCUGGGAUGAAACAUGGGCCGUAUCGCGCGACGAAGGAUGGAUGUUUGCAGUUUGUUAAGGUCGUACCUGCGAAGAAAUAA